AUGCGGCAGCCGAGACGCAGCGUCCAGGCGAGGGCGUACACGGCCGGCGACGGCGACAGCACCGGCGCGGAUUCCCAGCUCCCGGCGAGGAGGGCCUCAAACAUGACCCGGAAGAUCUUCACAAACACCCGGGAGCGGUGGCGGCAGCAGAACGUCAACAGUGCCUUCGCCAAGCUGAGGAAGCUCAUUCCCACCCACCCUCCAGACAAAAAGCUGAGCAAAAAUGAAACGCUCCGCUUGGCAAUGAGGUAUAUUAACUUCUUGGUCAAGGUUUUGGGGGAGCAAAGCCUGCAGCAACCAGGAGUGGCUGCUCAGGGAAACAUUCUGGGGCUCUUCCCCCAAGGACCCCACCUGCCAGGCCUGGAGAACAGAACUCUGCUUGAUGAUUACCAGCUCCCUUCACCUGGGCCAAGCCAUCACCUCCCAUAAGAUGGUUCUGACUGCUAGUGUCAUCCGCCAGGGCGGUACUCACCCAGAAGUUACCAGGUGUGGAAAGCCUUUUGCAAUGUCUAGAGUCAACCUGAUGACAGUCGUGUGAGGCAGGAAGCUAAGCUUCAUCAAGAUGGCCCUGGUACCACUGUGGAGAGCCAAAAGGAGGCCAUGAAGGAUGUCGCUUUGGAGUCCACCACCCCUGGGACUUCUGGCAGAGUGGCCUGCCUCUGUUUUCUAAAUCCAAGUUCUGCAUAAGGUGUUUGAAAAAAAUAUGUAUUAUAAGCGUAAAAAAGGUUUGAAAAUCAUUGACUCAUUCAGUGUCUUCAGUUAUGAAAAAGGAGUUUUAUCAUAAGGGACCUCAGAGAAAUGGAUAAGUGUUUCUCUAGAGGACGUAUUUUCAAGUUUAUUUAGAAAAAUGAGACAUGCUUAAUCAACAGUGAACACAAUAAAUCUCAAGACUGAUGAUGAAAACAGCCCCUGUAGAAACCAAGCAGAGAGACUUGAGGGGAAAAGCAGCGGACAGAAGGCCCUCCUGUGGCAUGAGGAUUGUGGGAGCUUUGCAGAUGCAUGUGGGAGAGCUCCAUGUCCUCUGAACCCCCUGGAACUGGGAGAUGUUCCUCGGAUUGCACUGGUUUUGCAUAUGUCAUCUCUAAAGCCAAACGGAGGGUUAUACUUGUGAAAGGAAAGGACUCGGUAAUUUAUGAGUUAGAGUUCAUAGUUUUAUUAUGACAAAUAGCUAAGUUAGCUAACCUGCUAGUUUCACAUAUCAGUUAUCAAUAAUUUCAACUUAGCCUGAGUUCUUGUUGACUUAAGACCUGUAAAUCGCAAUUAUAAUUGUGAAAAUCUAAAUGUUAGCAUUUAACAACUCAUUUAGCAGAGAGCUUAAACAAAACAUUUGGAGUAAACAAUAGACUUUAGAGAGCUGAGGAGCAUUAGCUCACUCUUACAUGGAGAGGCGAGUCCUAACAAGUGUGUGAAAUGGCAUUGUUCUGACCAAACUCAUCACCACAUGCUACCCUGUUAUUCAAAGAUCGAUCCCAUAAUUGAGCCCGGAAUACAAAUGAUGUCAUUUGAUUAUACCCAAAGUUCUUGACAAUACAUUGGUAAAGUACCAAGUGCUACUGAACUACAAGUAGCAAGUUGAUGGAUUUGAGAUUAGAAAUGUCCCAGUGUAAAUGCAAUAGGGGAAUGGUCAUUUCCUGCCACUCUAGAAAGAAGGAAUUUUAUUUAUAAGAGGUUGAAAUGAGCCCCCUUUGUUUGGUGAUCAGAGGAAGGCUGGAUGAGACUCUCACAAUUUCAUUCCUCCAAAAUAGGUUGUUGUGUCAUUAAUCUAUAUACAGAAAUCUCACUAUGUCACAAUGUAUUUAUCCCAUCAAUAAGAUUCCUUUCAAGGUCACUUAUUGAAACUAUAUUCAGUAAACUUCCCCAUGGCCCCAGCCUGGGUCAGGCAAACAUAAGCACAGAGACCAAGGGAUCUUCCUCUGAAGGUGCAUUUCUUCUAAUAAGCUUACAUGGACUCAAGUCUGAUCCGAAAUAACCAGGUGAUAGUACAUUUCAAAGUUUUGCUAUCAGUUGUCAAUUGAGUAACAUUACUUAUCCUCAUCUGGUAUUUAUUUUUUAAAGAUUUAUUUAUUUAUUUGAAAGUCAGAGUCACAGAGGAAGAGGGAGAGAGGGGGAGGGAGAGGGAGAGGGAGAGAGAGGAAGAGAGAGAGAGAAACUUCCAUCCACUGGUCUGGUUCACUCCCUAGAUGUGUGCAAAGGCCAGGGUGUUAUGCCACGAUGUCAGCCACCCUUUUUUUUUUUUUUUAAGAUUUAUUUUUAUGUAUCUGAAAGGCAGAGUUACACACAGAGAGAAAGAGAGAGAUCUUCCAUUUGCUGGUUCACUCCCCAAGUGGCCAUAAUGGUCAAGGCUGGGCUAGACUCAAGCCAAGAGCCAGAAGCUUCAUCUAGGUCUCCUAUGUGAGUGCAGGGGUCCAAAUACUUGGACCAUCUCCUGCUGCUCUCCCAGGUGCAGUUGCAGGGAGUUAGUUGGGAAGUGGAACAGCCGGGGCUCAAAUUGGUGCCCAGAUGGGAUGCUGGCAUUGCAAGGAGGUGACUAAAUCUGCUAUGCCACAACACCAGCCCUUCAUCUGGGAUUUUUUUAUGUUAGCUUCAUUUUAAUGUGUUCUGGAAAGGAAGAGAUUAUCAUAUUCUUGGAAUUGUAUCUAUGAACUACAUUGAAUCUGUUCUCUUUCUAUUCAUAUUACAUUAACAUGAAAAAAAUCAGAAAAAAAUAAUGUGUGUGGAGGAAAGCAGAAAGUACCUCUUUGCCUGAAUGUGGGGUUUUUGGCUCUAUUCAGAAUGAUUCCCCUUUCCUGCUUUGGGUCCAUGUUCAUGUUCUGUGUGCAUAAAGAGGGCCUUUCCACCAAACUAUAAUGAAGUAUUUCUAAAAAGCUGUGAAGAAAUUGAGUUUUCAUGAAACUCUGAGGGGGAUCACUAUUAAGAAAUCCUAGGGGCCGACGCCGUGGCUCACUUGGUUAAUCCUCCGCCUGCAGCGCCGGCAUCCCAUGUGGGUGCCGGGUUCUGGUCCCGGUUGCUCCUCUUCUAGUCUGGCUCUCUGCUGUGGCCCGGGAGGGCGGUGGAGGAUGGCCCAGGUGCUUGGGUGCCUGCGCCUGUGUGGGGGACCGGGGGAGGUACCUGGCUCCUGGCUUCGGAUCGGUGUGGCUCCGGCCAUGGCGGCCAUUUGGGGGUGGACCAGCGGAGGGAAGGCCUUUCUCUCUGUCUCUCUCCCUCACUGUCUAGCUCUAUCUGUAAAAAAAAAAAAAAAGAAAAGAAAAGAAAAGAAAAAAAAUAAAUCCUAUAGGAACUCCUUCAGUAAAUGAAUCAACCUUUAAAAUAUUACUUCAUGUAAUUCAUCCUUAUUUUUUUGCCUGCUUGAAUUUUGUACGUCAAGAUGUAUUAGGUUACACUGACCAUCAAAAGGAAUUGCAGUCACCAAAUGUGGACCAAAACUUUGACAAAGGGGUAUGUGUUUGAUACACUGGUUAAAACACUGCUUGGGACACCUGCAUUCCAUAUCAGAGUGCCUGGUUCGAGUCCUGGCUCUGCUUCUGAAUGCAGCUUCAUGCAUUCGAUGAGAGACAGCAGGUGCUGGCUCAAGUACUCAGAUCCCUGCUGUCCACUUAGAAACCUGGAUGGACUUCCAGGCUCGUGGCUUUGGGCUGACCUAGGUCUAGCUGUUAUAGUCAUUUGAGGAGUGAACUAGCAGAUUGAAGAUUCUCUCUCUCUCUUUCAAAUAAAUACAAAAUAAAUAAAUGAAUAGAAAUUUUUACAAACCACAUUAAUAAGGUAUCCAUGAGACUAGAGCUCAUUCAAAUAUCACUCUAGAGCCUUCUUUGGUGUCCCAUACUUCAGGCUUGGUGACUGAAAUGGUAAACUGUAUGCUUCAAAUACUUUAUGGUUCACUGGGUGGCACAUACGUUUACAGGUCAUUUAAGCCCAACAAGAAAGCUCAGACAGAUAGCCUAACCUAUGCUAUUCUGUUACUCGAACAAAAGUAAAUGGCUUCCUAGGACAGCACUCAGAACUUCUGGAAACCAAGUAUAAACACACACAUUGAUUCAUAUAGAUCAUUUGAUUGGCUAAUUCCAUGCCCUCAUUUUAGGGGCAUGAAAAUGGGUCCAGCAGGUGUUAGGGUGAAUUUCCAGAGUUCAUAGGGACAGUUAGUGGAAAUUAGAAGUCAUAGCCCCAAGUCCAGCCUUUCUACAGCCCUGCUCAGCCACCAAGUAUUGUAGAUUGACAAUAUGCUCACCUCUUUUCAAUUAUUUUCUGUAAUCUUAAGAUGGCAUUUUAUUGAAUAGAAUCAUUGUUCUUUGUAGAAUGUGA